AAUUUUCCCUCACCAUUCCAAAGCAAAACCUCCGAAAACAAAACAAAAAUAAUGCAAAUUUUGUUUCUCUCACUCUCAAACCCAUUCCAUUUCUUACAACAUGCACCUCACGUUCGGAGAAUCCAGCUCAAAAAAGAAAGGCUAACAAAAAAGAAAAAAAAAACGAAACAAACCACCUCCACUCUUUUCUCAAACUCACCAACUCCAAAAAGAAAAUACAACUCUCUCCAUUCUUUGCCUUGGCUUCCCCCUCUGCUACUUUCCUUCUCUCCCUGCAAGGUCUGAGGCACCCCAUGUUUUGUUCCACCUUAAAAAUUAACCUUUGUUUGGAAAAAUAAGAAAAGAGGAAACAUGGUUCAAGCAGGAGAACAAGAGCAGGAAGGAGGUAGCAGGGCCAAAUUAUUUAGCUUGAAAGGGGUGUUUGAGGGCGCUGGAAGGCACUCCAAGAGCCUCAGCAUUGACACUGCUAAACAAUUGGAACCUACAGAGGAUGGUGCAGCCUCUUCUAGAAGUCAAGGAUCAAAGCCUCUUAAUGAUUCAGACAAGGUUCCCAAAACAAAGAUGCUAACCAAGGAGGAAUUGGCAGCCAAGGAAUCCAAAGACAAGAUCUUGCAAGAUAUGGAACAGAUGAGGGAAAGAUUUGCCAAACUGCUGUUGGGUGAGGACAUGUCCGGUGGUGGAAAGGGUGUUUCGUCUGCUUUGGCACUGUCAAACGCUUUUACAAACCUUGCUGCUUCUAUUUAUGGGGAGCAAAAACGCCUGGAACCAAUGCCGGCAGAAAGGAAAGCAAAAUGGAAAAAAGAAAUUGAUUGGCUUCUAUCAGUCACGGAUUACGUUGUUGAAAUGGUUCCUUCACAACAAAAGUCCAAGGAUGGUUCAAGUAUGGAGAUUAUGACGACACGACAGAGGACGGAUCUUCACAUGAAUAUCCCUGCCUUGCGCAAGCUUGACACAAUGCUUAUUGAUUGUCUGGAUAACUUCAAAGAUCAAAAUGAGUUCUAUUAUGUGUCUAAAGAUUCAGAUGAUUCAGAUCCGGACUCAAAGAAAAAAAAUGAUGAUAAGUGGUGGUUACCUACUCCUAAGGUUCCCGCAGACGGUCUAUCUGAUGCGGCUAGAAAAUUUCUGCAUUAUCAGAAAGAUUGUGUGAAUCAAGUACUUAAAGCAGCCAUGGCAAUAAAUGCUCAAAUUCUAUCAGAAAUUGAGAUUCCUGAGAGCUAUAUUGAUUCCCUACCCAAGAAUGGAAGAGCAAGUCUAGGGGACUCGACCUAUAGGAGCAUAACAGUUGAAUUUUUUGAUCCUGACCAGUUCUUGUCAACCACGGACUUAUCAUCAGAGCAUAAAAUUCUGGAUCUAAAGAACAGAAUUGAAGCGUCAAUAGUAAUUUGGAAGCGGAAGAUGAACCAAAAAGAUGGAAAAUCUUCUUGGGGUUCCGGAGUGAGUAUCGAAAAAAGAGAGCUCUUUGAAGAGAGAGCAGAAACCAUAUUACUUCUCUUAAAGCACCGUUUCCCUGGCCUUCCUCAAUCUUCACUCGAUAUAAGCAAAAUCCAAUUCAACAAGGAUGUGGGGCAAGCUGUUCUAGAAAGCUAUUCAAGAAUAUUGGAGAGUUUGGCCUUUACAGUUCUUUCAAGAAUAGAUGAUGUACUCCAAGCAGAUUUCCAAAUUCAAUGUCACAAUAUAUCAACAGGAAGAAGUAGAAACUCAAUUUCAAGGCCUCCUAAAGAAGAGAUGGAGAAGGUUACUACUACUACUACUAAUGAAGCACCUGGUUCAAUGACACUAUCAGAUUUCAUGGGUUGGGGCUCUGAUCAAGAAGACUCAACGUUGAAGAAGGACCCCUCAGAUGAGUUAUGCAAAGACGAGGAUACAAAGCAACAAAAACUUGCUAACGUAGUGACCAGCAAGAAGGUGUCAUAUCUUGAGAACUUGGGAGCCACGAGAAGCCCAACAGCACGUCAUUAAAAGUGCAUUAGAGGAUUGCUGAUCAACAACUAUUUCCAUUUUACAUAGGAAUGCACAGACAAAACUAAUGGCUUUGAAGCAUGGUCAGAGAUAUGGCAUCCUCAAUAUACGAAGGAUUUGUAGUCUGGUAGCUACUGAGUCGUGGUUUUUUGACGAUACCUAGCACAAAUGUCAUCCAUGUUUGUCCCUCCCCGUGACCUGUCAUCAACUCACCGUUCCCUUUCUGUGACUGUGACAGUGUUAAUGUAGAGAUCAUCCUGUACUGAUGUCACAGGCCAACGUGCGUAACAUACAACAUCUUCAAGUUUUGCUUUCUAUAAAUUAGAAUCAUCCCAAGCAAAUCGAGUCUGUUAGUAAAAAACAUGGCCAAUCGGCUUAACUCAUAACAUCAAUUGCAUUAAAAGAUCUUGAGUUUCACUA